GAAUGGGUCAAUGUCUGAAGCAUCUAAAAUUGUUAGUGAGGUGAGGACUGUCUUUCUUUUAAAUAUGAUUUAAAUUGUCUAUAUUUGUGUAAAAAUGAAUUCAAAAUAUCAGUAAUAAGUGAAUAAGUUUAGUGUAACGUGUAUUUUAAAAUUGUGUAUUAUCUACAUGAACAAUUGUCUAGUGAAAAUAGGCUAGAAAGACUGGCAGAGGAGCCAUCGGUCGGAAGUUCGUGAGCAAGGGUGUUGCAAAGAAAUGUGAUAGUUCUAUGAAGUUGACAAACGUCUUAUAUUUAUUAUAGAAAUGAGCGGGCGCCCCAGAACAACGUCCUUCGCCGAUGGCAACAAGCAGCCGCCAAAUCCUCCAUUAGGGGGUAUGAAAUUAUGCAAUGAUGUAAAUGAUUGGGAUUUAAAACUUCAAAACGAUAUUGAUAAGGAUAAACCAAAACCAGUUAAGGAUGGUGGAAAGGUGACAACCGUAGUGGCAACGCCCGGACAAGGCCCAGAUCGGCCGCAAGAAGUGUCUUAUACUGAUACGAAAGUUAUAGGAAAUGGAAGUUUUGGUGUUGUUUAUCAAGCAAAAUUAUGUGAGACUGGUGAAAUGGUGGCUAUUAAAAAAGUACUUCAAGACAAAAGGUUUAAAAAUCGAGAACUUCAGAUAAUGCGGAGACUGGAACACUGUAACAUAGUCAAAUUAAAAUAUUUCUUCUAUUCAAGUGGUGAUAAGCUUGCAAAUGAUAAAGCAAAGCGAGCUGUGGUGCCCUGCGACAUGAGCAUAUUCAUGGCAGCAGGCACCAGUGAUCAGAAAGACGAAGUGUACCUGAAUUUGGUACUGGAGUUUAUACCCGAGACCGUGUACAAAGUUGCCCGCCAUUACAGCAAAUGUAAACAGACGAUACCAAUCAGCUUUAUUAAAUUAUAUAUGUAUCAACUGUUUCGAAGUUUGGCGUACAUUCAUUCACUUGGAAUUUGCCAUCGAGAUAUUAAACCACAAAAUCUUCUAUUAAAUCCAGAGACUGGCGUUCUGAAAUUAUGUGAUUUUGGCAGUGCAAAACAUUUAGUUAAAGGGGAACCUAAUGUUUCAUAUAUUUGUUCACGUUAUUAUCGUGCACCUGAACUUAUAUUUGGUGCAAUUGAUUAUACAACUAAAAUAGAUGUAUGGAGUGCUGGUUGUGUAUUAGCAGAAUUAUUACUUGGUCAACCGAUUUUCCCUGGUGAUUCAGGUGUUGAUCAAUUAGUGGAAAUAAUUAAAGUAUUGGGUACACCAACUCGAGAACAAAUUCGAGAGAUGAAUCCAAAUUAUACGGAAUUUAAAUUUCCACAAAUAAAAUCCCACCCAUGGCAAAAGGUAGGACAGAUUCUUCUUCAGAAAACAUCUCUUCCUAAAUGUACUACAGAACAUCAAAAAAUUAGAGUAUUUAGAGCACGUACACCACCUGAAGCUAUAGAAUUGGUGUCGCGCCUACUUGAAUACACUCCAUCAUCACGUAUAUCUCCAUUACAAGCAUGUGCACAUCCUUUCUUCAACGAGCUAAGAGAACCUAAUACGCGUCUACCUAAUGGUCGCGAUCUUCCACCUCUUUUCAACUUUACUGCACAAGAGUUGAGUAUCCAGCCGUCCUUGAAUGCAGUGUUAUUGCCGCGGGGAUCGAGCGGCGGAAUAGGUGAAGCAAGUAAUGCAGGCACAGAACCGACGACAAACAGCCCUGCACCAAAUGUUGCAACUGAUGGACCAACUGAGGCUACAGUUCCAUCACCUGCUGCCACUACAACUUCUCAAGCUACACCUGCUAGUACCGGAUUGGCUUAAGUCAUGACCAAAUAAAUAUAUAAUUCUAUUUAAAAUUAAAACAAAAUAAUAAAAAAAUAAUAAUUAUAAUAAUAAUAAAAACAAAAAAUCAAAAAAAAUAAAAUAAAAUAAACAAUACAACCAAUUUCUGAACAGGGCCAUUUCAAAACAACAUGAUGACGUGUACCCUCUGCUCUAUAUCCCUGCUAGAUAAUGCUUCAUCGCAAGACUACUACUAUUAUUAAUAUUAAUAAUUAUUAAUUAAUGAAUUAAUUAAAAAUUAUGUAAUUACAAUAGCUGAUAUAUUUAAAAUAACAUAACCAUAAGUGUUAUGUUAAAAUUGUACAGUUAUUCUGUUAAUUAUUUGUUUUUUGAAAGUAACGAGAUGAUCGUGUAGAUUAACAGUCAUCUAGUUUUAAAACUGUUUUUAAUUAUUGUGGAAGCCUAGAAGUUAUUAUAAAACAAAUUUAAAUAGUUUAUCGACUGCUGCAUUGUGAUAUUCAAUAUAUUGUGCGGUAAUUGCGUAUUUAUAAAUAUUAUGCGUUUUACCAAAAAAAUUUAUAAACACAAAGCAGCGCGCAGUGAGGCGCAAUUGUCAAAUGAAACGCAGCAUACGGAUGUAUUCUUCGGUGCUAAAGAAAAGGAUGUUUUUAAAAACCGACCACUGCAGAAUAAUAUCAAAAAGUCUCCAAAGCUAUUAAAAUUUAAACAAACAAAAAAAAACACUCUCUAAUUAAUAACCGUAACUACUUAUAUUUGGUAGCAAAAAUAUGACUGCAAAUUAAUAUAAUCAAUUGGGCUUCUCUUGUUUUUAAUUCUGCUCUAUAAUUUUUUUUAAAAUUUGAUUUAAAUCAUCACUUAUUUGUUCUCCUUAUUUUCUUUGUGUAUACUUCCGAGUUAAUCGAUGGGAAAAUGUUUAUUAUUAUAUAUUAAUUAUUAAUUAAAUUACUACUUUUUUUUGUAUAAAUUUAUCUUUUUAUUAGACGUAUAAAUUAGUACGAAUAUAGAUGUGUUAAAAAUAUAUGCAGUCAAAUGCGUAUUUUUCUUAAGUUAUUUUUUCAUUGGAUUGGUUGUAGGCUACAUUUAAAUAAAUAAAACAAAAAAAGAAACACCACACACACAGAUCUCCUGAGUUUUUAAGAAUUUUUAUAAAUUUUUUAUCGAAGUGAUUUCAAAUUUUUAAAAUUGAUCAUUUAGGUAAACAGUUUUUUCCAUGAUUAUAAAGUGAUCAUAUUUAAAAUAAAUAUUUUCG